CUCAAAAUUCCCCCCAUUUUCAGUUUUCACCGCCAUCUUCUCUCUCUCUCUCUCUGCCCUCGAUUUUCAAUUGCUGCCAUUAAUGUCGGAUCAUGAUCAACCGCAAGAUGAUCAACCUGCAGGGCCAACCUAUGUGUGCGCGCAUUGUGAAAACGUGAAGUUCAGUCAGAAGUUGGAUUUGGAAGUCCACUGCCGAGAAUCGCAUUUCAGGUUCAAAUUCACAUGCCAAAGAUGUGGCAACAGAUUCGAAACAGGGCCCUCGCGGGUUCAGCACAUCAAUGAGGUAAAGAUUUUUUUUCAAUUCUUUGUUUCCUUUCAGAUACUAAGCAAAACUUGGUUUUUUAGUGCCUGCCCUGGAAAGGUUUUAUACAAAGAUCGCAAAGUAAGGCUAAGAAACAGGAUUACUAUCGCCGCCAUUGAUCUCUGUACAGUUGAGAGUGAAAUUGAGGGAUUGAAGCUCGGUCCUAGUUUGCAAAAUCUUGAGCCUGCCUGGCAGAUAGGUGAAUGUGUGGCAAGAUGGUGGAGACCGAACUUCAAAACCUAUAUGUAUUCAUACUGUCCUCCUCACAUAACAAAAUCAAAGGAGUGCAGAGUGCUUUACAUGGUCCAUUUAUCUGAUAGGGGAUACUUUGAGGUGCCGGGAGAUCUAGCACUUCUUGCUGUUCCAAUGUUUCAACUGUGUGACAAUGUUCAGAAAUAUGGUUCCAUUAAUUCCAGCAUUCCUCAGCAGCUUUCCAGAUUCGAGUUUAGAAUGAUCAACAACUAAUGCAUACUUGGAACUUCCAUUGAUUCUUCCAUGCUGAUAAAAUACCAUGUCCUUUGGCAUUUCAAGAACAAAGACCUAGUUAAUUCAUUCUUAUCGUUUGCAUAAACCUGCUGAAUGUUGAACUGUUAGUUUCAAAAGAGACAGUAGUCUAAGUUUUGGUCACCUUGUAUAGCUUUAGCCCUUUGAGAUGAUUGGUUAGUUCUUGUUAAUUCGUUUCUGUACAUAUUACAACCAUGUACAUGUACAGAUGUAUGUGUGACAUGAGUGUGCUGAUAUGUGACACAAGCAUUUCAUUUUGG